CUUUGUACGUUCAUCAUAAGGACAUCAAUUGUUUCGCAAUCAAUUCUAAUCAAUGAUAAUCAUCGUGGUCAUUCGUUUAUGCAUCGAAAAGAAUCAUUAAUACGUAUCGAUUUAGUCGAUAUUGAUGAUAUUGAAUUCGAAGGUAAACCAAUAAUGGGAAAUCAUGAAAAUCAUUUUGGAAAUAUUUAUCUGAAUCUAUUUCUAUUCUAUGAUGAACCAUUAAUACGAAGAUUUCAUCAUGAUAAACAAAAAUUAUAUCGAUUCAUAUAUGCUGUAACAAAUUCUGCAUCAUUAUCAUAUAAUAAUCUACCAAUGAAACAAUUGGCUCAAUUUCAUUUUGUUAUAUUGGAUAUACAACAGAUUCAUGAUUCAAUUAAAAUUGAUGAUAAAGCUGAUGGUGAACAAUAUAGGCAAUCAUUUCGACAAUUUUAUCAACUAAAUGAAACAAUGCAACAACAACGAUAUGCAGCCACUAUAUUAUUGACUGGUUAUAAUUUUCGUUUUCGUAGAAAUAAAACCGAUACACAAGGUUUGGCCACCGUUGGUCAUAUUGCUUGUAAUCGACCAAUGGAAUCAUUCAUACUGGUAGAGGCAAGAAGUUAUCGUACCGCAUUCAUUAUGGCACAUGAAUUAGGACAUGUAUUGAGUAUGUAUCAUGAUGAAGAGAUACCGGAAACAAGUUGUAGUACAAAUUAUAUUAUGUCAUCCACUACUGGUCCGGGAAAGACACAAUUCUCUAUAUGUAGUUAUUUACAAUUGAAACAAUAUUUUUUGGUUAUGAAUGAAAAAACGAAAAAAUGUUUUCAUUAUUCACCACCAGCCACCAAUGUAAAGAUGAUACAAUUUCCACAAUGAUCAUCAUCAUUGUCCUAAAAUGAUUUAUCAAUCACCGUUGAUGAACAAUGUAAAAUGGCAUUAGGUGAAACAUUUCGUGCAAACAUUUUAAAUAUAGAAUUAGUAUCCAUUUGUACGAAAAUCCAGUGUACAAAUAAUUUGGUCAAUAUUUACAUUGAUCCAGCAAUCGAAAAUACAACAUGUGGCCCGAAUAAAUAUUGUCGUGGUGGUAAAUGUAUUUGAACCAGAUUAAUAGAUUUGAUGAUUGAGAAAAAAAGAAUGUUUUUUUAUUAAAUUUUUUCCAUAAUUAAAAAAAUACAAGCCAUCAAUUUUUUUCUGAUUUUGCAAAUACACAAUGAAAAAUGAUCAUGGAAAGAUAUCGUGUGAAUUAAUUACAUUUCAAGUCACAACCACUGUUACUGGUACAGCUCGAGGUUCAUCACGACAUAUAACGAUGAAUGCAUGUAUCAAUCCAGGUAUGUAAAACAACAAUGUAAGUAAAAUAUUAAGACAAAAAUCAACACCACAACCUUCCAUCAUCAAUACACCAAGUGGUGGAAAAAACAAUGCGAUCAAUGCUGCACAACACAUACAUUCUCUAGCCAUGGCAAAUGAUUUUGGUUAUUUUUGGCGACGAAAAUUUGAUUCGAAAUU